UGUGAUGCCACUGUAUUUCAGACAUUUAACCACUUUGGAGCAAUUGACAUCUUGAUUUCAAAUGCAGCAACAAACCCAAUCUUUGGCCCCAUUUUGCAGACAUCAGAGGAGGCRUGGGAUAAGAUAUUUGAAGUAAAUGUGAAAUCAAGUUUUCUCCUUGCCAAGGAAGUUGUGCCAUACAUGGAGAAAAACAAGAGUGGAGGCUCAAUAGUUUUUGUAUCAUCAAUUGGAGGAUAUGAGCCAAUACAGGGUCUUGGUGCAUAUUGUGUUAGCAAGACCGCCUUAUUUGGCCUUACAAAAGCUCUUUCUAAUGAAUGUGCUGAUAUGGGAAUAAGAGUUAACUGUGUAGCACCAGGAAUUAUCAAAACAAGGUUUAGUGCAGCGCUAUGGAAAAAUGAAGCAGUUCAUGAAGAUGUUAAAAAGAAAAUCCCAAUGAAGAGGCUUGGUACAUCAGAUGAAGUGGGGGGAACUGUGUCCUUUUUGUCCUCUGAUCAAGCAUCCUACUUAACAGGAGAAACCAUUGUCAUCGGUGGUGGAAUACAUAGUAGGCUAUAGCAAACAGACCUGAUGACUAUAUCAAUAGAGAAAGUCAUGUAGCUGACAGGGAUAUCCUGCUUAAAAGCAUAAUGAAAGCGAGAUCACUCAAUACAAUAGACUUAGACAGUAGACUUGAGCAAACUCAAUUACUGUAUAUUUGUAAAGUGAAUCUUUAUAGUAAACCUUUCCCUAUUUACUCCCAAGGCUAAUAUGAAUAACUACAAUACCUACAUGCAUCUUAUUAUUAAAAAAAAGGAAAUCAAUUA